GAGUAUGAUAUCAUCAGGGGACAGUUAGACGGGCUGACUCUAGUUGUGAUGGACGUGCCCGCCGCUGCGGGUGUAGACGGAGACGGUGUUUGGCACUAGCCGGGGACAGACAUGGCUCUGAGACGUAAAGGUUUAGACUCUCAGGUAGUCGUCAUAGGAUGCGGGAUAUCCGGCGUGGCGGCGGCGCAGAGACUUGUUAAACACGGGUUUCGAAAUGUGCGGGUCUUGGAGGCGACGGGCCGAAGCGGAGGACGGAUCAAGACCGGCAGCUUAGGUGAUAAAAUAAUUGAAAUAGGUGCCAAUUGGAUCCAUGGUCCAUCUGAAGACAACCCGGUCUUUUGUCUGUCCCGUCAGUAUGGCCUACUGGAACCAGCGGCUCUUACUGCAGAAAACCAGGCCAUGGAUAUCAAAGGACACCCGCCCUGGGUCCCCGGCUGGUUCAGUAGUUCAGGUAAGAAACUCCGGGCUGAGGACACGUACCCCGCGGUGAGUAUGUUUGCUGAGCUGCUGGACGAAAGCGCCGAGUUCCACAGUCGGGGUGGAGAACCGCGGGCCAGUGUCGGAGACUUCAUACGGGCAGAGGUAAGAACUAACUGCAAGCUUUCAGAGGCGCUGAAGCGAGUGGCAGAGGAAUGGAAGGACGAGGAGGCCUCCACGAGGGCCAUGCGGCUGUGUGUGGUCAGUAACAUGUUGAAGGUGGAGUGCUGUGUUAACGGAACACACACAAUGGACCAGGUGGGACUAGGAGCCUUUGGCCUGUACAGAACCCUCCCCGGACUCGACUGCACGUUCCCCGGGGGCUAUGAAGGCCUAAUCCAGAACUUAAUGUCCGAGCUCCCCCAGGGCUUAGUGGCCUACAGGCAACCUGUGAGCUGCAUUCACUGGAGCGACACCGAAGGGGACAACGAGCCCGUGGUUGUUGAGUGUGAAGACGGACAGAAGAUCACCGCCGACCAUGUUGUCGUCACUGUGCCUCUAGGUUACCUGAAGAAGCACCGUGCGAAGCUGUUCCGGCCUCCUCUCCCGCUGCACAAGUUGCACUCGAUACAAAGAAUGGGCUUCGGAACGAACAACAAGAUAUUUGUGGAGUUUGAUUCCCCGUGGUGGGAUAUGGACUGUGAGGUCAUUUACCUGGUGUGGGAAGACGAGGAGAACCUUGUGGACCAGGUGGCGGAUAUAAAGAGGUCCUGGAUAAAGAAAUUGUUCGGGUUCACGGUCCUCAAACCUGCUGAAAGGUACGGUCACGUUCUGUGCGGCUGGAUUGCUGGUCGUGAGGCCGAGCACAUGGAGACGCUGCCCGAACAGGAAGUUGCACAGUCUAUAGCACAGCUUAUCCGCAGGUUCACAGGGAACCCGACCAUUACGCCACGGAAAGUUCUGCGCUCCCAGUGGUUCCACGACCCCUGGACCUGUGGAUCCUAUACUUACCCGGCGAGAGGCUGCUCAGCACAGGACCUGAACAACUUAAUGGAACCACUGCCUUCGAAAGGGACCCAGUCUCGGCCCUUGCAGGUGUUGUUUGCUGGAGAGGCCACUCAUCCGUGCUACUACUCCACUGUCCACGGAGCUCUUCUGUCUGGCUGGAGGGAGGCUGACAGACUCAUUUCUCACUACUCCUCCUCGGGUCCGGCGGAGAUACCAAGACCGAAGUUAUAAACACGGUUUCUUCCCCAAUUUUUAACCAAGUUGUGCAGAGAUUGUUAUAAAAUCUAUGAAUGUAAGUUUUUGUUUCCACCCCAGAUAUUCUGGCAGUGACAAGAAAAUGUCUCGUGUUUUGCCUUCUUAAUUGUAAUGUCCUGUUUCGGAGCAGAAUUAUCUUUUAUGAAUUUUUCUAUCAGCCGUUUCUUCAAAUCACGACGCAAUCAACAAAGCGCCCGAGUUCACGAACAACAAAAAGCGUGGCCCCGAUUACAUCUGAUUGUUACUCGGUGCAUUAUUAUAUUGUUUUUGGAUUUUCAUCAAACAGUGCCUCAAGUUGAUGUGUGGUAGAAAGAAACCGCAGAGACGCCUUAUUGCAGGCAGGGCACAACACAGGCCUGGAGUGUGGCCUCUGUUGGAAACCCACCCCAGCUUCCGGGGGCAGCGCUGCUGCUGAGCUGUUGUUGGGUCCUGUCUGUAACACACAUGCCAUAAUUCAACAACAACGGGGGGGGGGGGGGGGUCUUAAUGCACUAAAUUCCCUGUGUGUGCACACGCGCGUGUCUAUUGUGUUUGUAUAUUGUGGUUUCCCUGUGUUUGAUAACGAUGGAAAAGGGGAAGAUUUGGCUUCCUGAACUCUUGGGUUUUGGGCUGCUGAUCACGAAAAUCGCCUUAACAUUUUAUUUUCUAUUGCAUACCGUUUUGUUGAUAUAACCUAUUUCUGUGAUUUCCUGCCACCCCCCCCCUUUUUACCCCCCCCCCUCCCCUUUAAUUGCGUCCAGUCAGUUACCCCACUCUGCCGAACCGGGGAGGGCUGCAGACUACCACAUGCCUCCUCCGACACACGUGGAGUCGCAUCUUUUCACCUGACGGUGCGGAGUUUCGCCAGGGGGACGUAGCGCGUGAGAGGAUCGCGCUAUCCCCUCACCCCCGAACAAGGCUCCCCGACUGACCAGAGGAGGCGCUAGUGCAGCGACCAGUGCCGCCUCUUCAUGUAAAACUGGGAUUGAUGAAAAUGUUGUGGAAGCAAGGAGGAGAGAGGGCGGUGGGUUUCACUAUCCGGGACAGGUGUUUCCAAGAACAACUGAUGCCAAGAUGAAGGAAGGCCUUUUUGUUGGUCCACAGAUCAGACAGGUCCUCAAUGACCGGGAGUUAGAAGAUCUGCUGGUGGGGCAGAGAGAACAGCGUGGAAGGCAUUUAAGGAUGUUGUUGAGAAUUUCCAGUACAGGGCACCAAACUACACUGAGCUGCUUGACAACAUGCUUACAACAUACAAACCAUGAUGUGCAACACCCUCUGCAUUCACACUGCACUCCUUCCCUGCACGGUGAUCUCGGUGCAGUCAGUGAUGAACAUGGUGAAAGGUUUCACCAGGACACGGCGGCCAUGGAAAAGAGGCAUCAGGGCAACUGGGAUCCAUCAGUGCUGGACCACUAUUGUUGGGACACUGACACGAGAGGCACCAGAUGCUGAGUACAGACGAAGAUCAGCUGCAAAACCUUUUAAGCUCAGUUGAGCUAACACAAUGUGUCAGCAUCAUUAUGCGAUUAAACAUGUUAAAUUAUUUUUGUUGUUGU